CUCUGUGUUUGAUUCCUUUUGCCUGGACUCGAUCGAUGCUUUCCGGUUCGACGACUUUGGGCUCCUGAGCAGUACAUGGCUGAGUUGUGGGAGCUUCACAACGAUUUAAAGCUGAAAGUCAGCCAUUAUGGGUCGCCGCUCUUCUGAUAGUGAGGAUGACAGUCGGAGCAGGAAGAAGAAAAAACAGCGUCGCCGGUCGUCCUCCUCUUCCUCUUCGUCUUCAUCCACCAACAGCAAGGUGGUCACCAGCCGGAGUCGGAGGACCAGUCGCCGGAGCCGUUCUCGCUCCAGAGACAAGGACAAAGACAGGAGGAGAAGGAGACGUUCCAGCAGCAGCUCGUCCCACAGUUCGUCUCGCAGGAGGAGGAGUCGCAGCGCAGAGAGAGACAAGGGGAGGAGCCACCGCUCACACAGGUCACGCAGCCGAGACAGGAGGUCUCAUUCUCGCCACCGGCGGUCUCGCAGUAAAAGCGGCAGCCGACGCGGCACCCAAAGCCGCAAAAGAAGCGGCAGCCGCAGCCGCCGGCGGAGCCGCAGCCGAGAGCGGGACCAAAGCCGGCGCAAGGGCCGGGAGAGGGAGAAGGAGAAGGACAGGGACAGAGACAGAGACAGAGGACGAGACAGAGACAGAGACAAGGACAGGGAGGACAAGUGUAAGGACAAGGCAGUCAAGAAGGGGGAUGCCGCGAACAUCAAAGGCAGAUUAGAACAUCUGACUCCAGCAGAGCAGGCGAAAGUCCGAAUGCACAUGGUCCUGGAGGCCGCAGCUAAGACGGACGAGGUGCUGAAGGCCAAAGUAGCAAAGAGGGAGGAGGAGGCCCGCAAGAAACUAGAGGAACAGGGAACUUCUCUGGAGGAGCAAGUGCGAAGGAUAAAGGACAUCGAGGCUAUCGAGAGUGAUUCCUUUGUUCCUCAGGCUUUCAAAUCAUCCAGGGAUGAUAUAAAGGUGCAUUCUGUCCCCCUUUCUCUCCCUACCCCUCACUCUCUCUAUCUUUUCACUCCGUCUCUUAUUGAAUUUCCCUCGCCGCAACGCUGUGCCGUCUGUCCAGAGACAGCCCAGACCAAAUCAAACAUUCAUUCAGCGCCGUUUGUUCCCGACCUGAGACGGUUUCAUCAGACGCUCCACUGUUCGCCGCCUCCAAAGCGGCAGCACCCACACAAAAGCCACAGCAGGCAACAGCCGUCCUCCGUCUCCCUCUGUCUGUCUCUCUCUCUCUCUCUUUCUCCCCCCCUCUGGUUGUGCAGAUGCAGACAAAACGCAGAAGUCAUUAUUGAAAUGCCCCUGUCUCUGAAGGAGCAGGAAUUAGAUUUGUUGGGGGAGCUCAGGGCUGUUUUGAAAAGAUAGGCGACAACAUGUGACGGCCAACCUGCACGGGCUUUUGGGACACAUCCUGGUGAGUCUGACAAAAGGUCGAGACCGGUGUGGCGGCAGCUUGGACUGCGCAGUAUACUCUGCCUUCCCUUUACUGAAACGUAACCAGGUUCAACUGUCCAGCUGGGUAGUAGCUUUCCUUCUUCACACACCCACAUGUCAGAUCUGCUCUCACAUGUGUAUAAAGUUAGAUUCAUACAGUAACAUCACCGCCACAAAAUAUCACGUAGAAGAAUGUAUUUUCUUCGAAUUCUAAAGGAAAUAUAACUUCAAGUACAAUAAAGGGAGGCUGUAUUUGAAUCAGUUGCUUUUUUUUAAGAACAGAAGUGCUUUAAUGAAAUACAAAUUCAAUUUCAUACAUUAUUUUUAUAACGGCUCUUCAAUGUUUUUUUAGAUUAAUCUCUUGGGUCCUCAUCAGUAGUCAAAUAAUACUUAAGACAUCCAGACGAUUGAUCCUUAGUUGGGAAGAUUUCAUCGUCUUUUAGCUCCAUCGCAUCUCUGGCUGCAAAGAAGAGAAUAAUGGCUGGAUACACACCACAUUUACACAUUGUUUGACAACCCUGUAGUAGAUAUAUUUGGGUUAUGUGACAUAUAUUUGAACAUAUUGUGUGAGAAUGCCUACGAAGUGUUUAUUUUAUAUAUAUGUUUAUUUGGUUCUAGUAUUGAUAACCAUUUAGCCAAGAGUUGUGACCAUUAAUGAUUUUUUAAGCCACUGUUGACGAGGAGAACCCAGUGAAAGCUUUGAUAUCUGCUACAGUGUAGCAUUUCAUUUUUUUUUUUUCUUUUUCAUGCAAGCUGCAUUGAUUAUAAAAUGUACUGUACAUUCAGCAUAUUAUUACUAAGAAUUGUGUAUUUGGCACAGCAACUUACUUAUUAGCCAGUGUGUUUCCUAUCUGGCUUACUUUUUGUAUCCUGCCAAAUUAAUUUUAAAUAGAUCUUUCCAACUGGAUAAACAUUUGCGCUGGGGCUGGUUUUUACGAGUGUUUGAAACAUGAAUGCACUGGCAAAGUGUUGAUUUUGGUAUUUCUUCUUUAUCAAGUACAACAAGGAGAACAGGCCAUCUUUCCAAAUGUGAGGCUUGUUAUAUUUUUAAGUAAUACAUCGAGGGAUGGAGGAAGAAUCCCUUCUAAUUAUCACAUUUUCUUCUAUCAGAUCAGACUCUGCAGAUGGAAACAUGAGGGGGACAGAGAACCCUUGUCUUUACUUUAAGUCCUUUUUCAGUUAUAAAGAAAGGAGAGGUUCCAUUUCCUUCAACUGUAACAAAGAGUGUCACACCACUGACCAAGCCAGCUGAUUCAUUUAAGUGUUUGCACAAGCACUCAGGCUGCAGUUGGCGGUGUAGCACAAUUAAGGCUCACUUACAGAGAAUAUAAGGUGGAGUAGUUAAAGGUAGAAAAACACAUACACGGAUAAAUAAAAUUAGAUUCAGAAUAGAAGCUGAUUCCCAUCAAUACGCUGCUUUCUAAAAGAGUAUUUCAUGAGCCCGACUUUCACUGCCAUCUGCUGGACAAAUGUCAUGUUGCAUUUAUUUUCUCUGUAUGUAAUAUAUACCAAUAUUGACGGUAUAUUUUUCAUUUUUAGUGUACGGAAAUAUAUUUUAUUUUUCUCCAUUGUAUGUAUAUAGUAGUAUUUUUCCUCCUUUUUCAAAAUGAGUUGCAUUUACAAUUUAUAUGCUUCUAUUUAAUCCUGUUUCUUUCCAAGUAUGUGUUUCAGUUCUCUUGUGGAUUAUUUAAUUGUGCUCCGUUUCAUUUGAGUGCAACACGACUCUGUGUGUUUUGUGUAUCUCUGUGAGCACAGACUGAACCAGCUGAGGUGAAGCAGGAGCCAGAGGGCGCAGAUUCUCAGGACGUCGCUAUUCCCUUGUCCAUAGUCUACAAUGACAGUGACACG